AGCAAUCACCUCUGCUCUCACUCCCUCUGUUUGUGGUUUAUAUAUUGGAUGGACAUUUCUUUAAUUUGAUUGAUGGCAUAGCAAUGGAGGACACAAACCCGUUCCUUCCGGUCACUAACCCUGGCUACGUUCCCCUCCUUGUUGAGUCCUACCAAACCGAAGCUCCAAUAAUCCGGCGCCGAAAACCCUUUAAAGAGCAACUGAUGGUCGUUGCUGGGAUGCUGGCAACCGGAGUGUCAAAGAAGUCGAACCGUGUCAACAACAAUUUGCAAGCAUAUCCAUGGGACAUUAGCAUGUUGUUAUGGCAGAGAUCAGCUUUCCAUUUUCAACCUGAAAAGAAUUGGAUGAAUGGGAUGGUAUCACUUCUUCUACCAAUACAAUCCAAAGGUGUAGUUUGGGGAAACAUGGUCUGGGUUCAUGCUGUAUCGAGGGACUUGAUCAAUUGGAUGCACUUACCCUUUGCCAUGGUCGCCGAUGAGUGGUACGACAUCAACGGCUUCUGGACAGGCUCUGCCACCACCCUCCCUAACAGUCAGGUCAUCAUGCUAUACACUGGAUCCACCAAUGACUCCGUCCGGACUCAAAAUCUUGCCUAUCCAGCCAACCCUUCUGAUCCUCUGCUCAUCAAUUGGAUCAAAUACUCCGGUAUUGCUUUGGUUUACAAUACUAAUGACUUCAAAAACUAUACAAUAGAAGGAAUUCUCUAUGCUGUUUCCGGUCCCGGAAUGUGGGAGUGUGUUGAUUUAUAUCCUGAGGUGGAGAGUUUAAGGGUGAGCAGCACAGAUUUUGGCAAGGUGGAGGUGAAAGCAGGGGAAACAAUUCCACUUGAUGUGGGAUUAGCCAAUCAAUUGGACAUCAUAGCAGAGUUUGAGAUAGAUAAAGAGGCUUUAGACAAAGCAGCAGAGACUGACGAGAAAUUCAGCUGUGAGAAGAGUGGUGGAGCUGCCGAUCGUGGCGCUCUAGGACCAUUCGGCAUUUUGGUUCUUGCAGAAGAAACCCUAACGGAGCAAACUCCAGUUUACUUCUACAUUGUCAAAGGAACCGGUGGUACUUUUAGGACUUUCUUCUGCACUGAUAACUCAAGAUCUUCAAAGGCAACUGAUGUUAGUAAACAGAUAUAUGGAGGCUUUGUUCGGGUGCCUGAAAGCGAAAAAAUGUCGAUGAGAAUAUUGGUGGAUAUCAUUCAAUAAUUGAAAGCUUUGCUCAAGGUGGGAGGUCCUGCAUCACAGCUAGGGCUUAUCUCCCACAAAAGCAAUAUACGAAGCAGCCCUGGUCUUUUUAUUCAAUAAUGCUACUGAUGCCAGAACUACAGUUUCACUCAAGAUAUGGAAAAUGAAUUCUGCAGAAUUUC